CAUCACUACAAUGGUUUCUUCAUCGAAAACGAUCCACUUUUCUCUUGCAUCAUCACUCUUUCCAUUUUGAUUCUCGUCUAUUUUCCUCAUGGAUUUUCUCUCCUUUUCUCUCCGGUCCUCGUUUUGACAGCUUCCCUCUUGCUUUCCCUCCUCCAUCUCGGUGCCACCCAGAGAAUCCAAACGGAAGCCAUACAGAAAGGAAGCGUUGUUGCAAGUGUUGCAGAGCUUGAAGAAGAAGAAGAAGAAGAAGAAGAAGAAGAGCUCAAAUGGGCGACAUGCAAAGAUGACCCUGACCUUAUAAUGCAGAGCUUCGAGGAAAGGUUCGUCGAAUGGGACGUGACAGUUCCGUUAGAGGUUAUAUAUGAAGAAGGAGACGAAGAAGAAGGGAAUGAUCCGAAUUUGAAUUUGGAUCGGACCCGCGGUAUUGAGAUCCGUCCUUAUCGCUUUACUAUCCGGAAUCGGAUUCAGAUAGUUCACCGGAGGAGGAGGAGAUUGAUUUUCCGGUUAUCGGAAAAUGGGUUCCGUCGGAGAAGAUGGGUUAUCGAUGGGAAGAAGAAGACAGAGAAGGUUUGAUUGAGAUAGCAGUCAAUAGGAGAGAGUUUGAUUUUCAUGGAGAAGAUGAUAAUUUGAUAGAGAUUGACAUUUCUGAAGGUUGGCUACUAUGAAUGUUGCAUUAAUCAAAGGAUUACGUUUAAUUAGACGAGUGAUUUGCUCUUGAUUUUCCCCUUUUUAAGCAAAAGCCCAUUUGGGUGAUAAG